CUAGAUAAGAGCGAGGUGACAACGUUUGGCCUGCCCCCUUCAGCCAUCCACGGCGCAUCUGAUGCUUCUGCCUCUAACAUCAGCGUGGAUGGGGUAGGGGCUAUGGCCGGGGUGGGAGCUCUGGCUGGGGGGGCUGAAGGGUCAGUGGUAGCCGAGGCCCAGCGGAAACGGGCUGCUCUGGAGCAGCUACAGCAGAAGAUCCUGAAGAGCAUUGAGCAGAUUCGGAUAGAACAGGAGGCACGAAACGACAACGUGGCAGAGUACCUGAAGCUGGCCCACAAUGCCAACAGGCAUCAGGCUUUUCGUAUCAAACAGGUGUUUGAGAAGAAGAACCAGAAGUCUGCACAUACCAUCGCCCACCUGCACAAGAAGCUAGAUCACUACCACAAGAAGAUUAAGGAGAUACAGCAGGUGUGUGUGUGUGUAUGAGGAGAGAGCGAGAGCAAAAUAUUGUCCUCCAUGUCUCAUUGGUCUUCUUUUUUUUUCUUUUUUCUUUGAAAGUAAAAUAAUUGUACAAUUCAGAAGGACUGUUUUGAUAUAAAUGCACCAAAUUUGGUACUGAGGUAGAAAAAUGUUCACUGAAAUAAUUUCAGUUGCUUUGGCAACAAUCUUACAAAAUGGCCACCAAAGGUAACGCUAUUGUACAAACCAAGGACUAUGGUGGAAGUUGAGUGUAGUUGUCAUCUGGAGGUGUAAAUCUGUUGGACUAUCAGAAACUGUUUUGAUUUGACAAAUGAAUUGGCUUGCUAAGCUCAUGAGCAGAGAGUGGGAGUGUGUAUGGGAAGCAAGAACUCAUUGGUCUUCUUUUGCGUUAACACCUUUUCCCCAUCCACAUAACCUCCCUCUCCUUAUAGCAUGGUCUGGGCCGGCAGCCUAAGGAUGUGCUGGGGGACAUGCAACAGGGGCUGAAGGAUGUAGGGGCCAACGUACGAGCAGGGAUCAGUGGCUUUGGUGGAGGUGUGGUGGAGGGUGUCAAAGGAGGCGUGUCAGAACUCACCCAUACAGCUGUGGUGUCUAAGCCCCUGGAGUUUGUCAGCUUGAUCCGCAACAAAUUCAGCAGCACACACUCACUGGAGGAUGGUGUGGAGGGGCAUUCAGAUGAUGCACCCCUGAGUAGCAGUGUCACCUUGGCCUCUAGCUCAAAGUACAGCAGUGACGACGAGUGCUCCAGUGACUCUGUGACAGGCAGUCAUUAUUUUGGGGCUGGGGGAGGAGGGGGGAUGUUGGGGCUCGGGCCGGCCAGGCUGGAUUGGAACCACCACCACCACCACAGCUCCUGGGACACCCUGCUGGUGGACCUGCAGGAGAUCAAAGCCAGCCAGGCCCACAUGGAGGACGCCAUCGAGGACAUGAAGAGUCAGCUGCAGAGCAGCUACUCCUACAUGACCCAGUGCCUACAGGAAGAGAAAUACAGGUAUGAGUUACUGGAGGAGCAGCUGAAUGACCUAACAGAGCUGCACCAGAACCAGAUGUCCAACCUGAUACAGGAGCUGGCCAGCAUGGAAGAGAAAGUGACCUACCAGUCCUAUGAGAGAACCAGAGACUCUCAGGUAAAGAGGCAAAAACCUGGAUGUAUAAUAUGUAUUGAAACACAAGUAUGAGUGCAAAAAGGAGCCUAUAGUACCCCUAAAGCUGUUAUAACUUUAUGUUUGCCUGUGUUUGUAUUUGUACAUACAUAUUAUGUUAUAUGUGUGUGUCUGUACAGGAGGCAGUGGAGUCAUGCAUGAACCGCAUCACUAAGUUAGAGAUGCAACAGCAGCAGCAGCAGAUGCUGCAGUUGGAGGGUGUGGAGAACGCCAACGCCCACGCCCUGCUGGGAAAACUCAUCAACAUCAUCCUGGCUGUCAUGGCUGUAGUGCUAGUGUUCGUCUCCACCCCCGCCAACUUUAUCACCCCGCUCAUAAAGACCCGAGCACGGGUGGCGGCCACUGUCAUGCUGGCCCUUUUUCUCUUCAUCCUCUGG